GAGAUGCAAAAUAUUUUUCCUUUUUUUAAAAAAAGCUGUAUACUCCUUUUUAACAAAUAUCUGUAGUUUUAGCAGUGUGCGCGAGUAGAUUUUCUAAAAGCACACGUACAUAACUGGUAUAUUUAGUUUAAAGUAUUUUUUAAUUUAACAACUGAGGAAUUGUUUUUCAAAUAAUGUUUUUAACUUCUCUCUUUUUUCCAAGCGUUUUCCCCUUUUUUAUACUGCUGUUCAAACUGUUAAUAUUUUUUCCAGAGGUGAUCUCUUUGACAAAUUUUGUAUCGAGAAAACUCUUGCUCCUCCUUUCCUCCUUUUUCUCCGAGCUUGAAUCGAACUGUUCAAUUUUGAAGUGUUACAAUGCAAUUUUUAAAGUUUUUGUCCAUUUUAUAUUGAUGUUAUUCAUAUAGAGAGUAUAUAUUUAUAUUUUUGUACAACUCUCCUCCCCUCCGUUUAAUUUUUGCAGUUGAGUAGUGGCUUUUUAGAGGGUUUUUCAGUAGCAGGCUGGUAGAUUUUUUAAGUGCCUUCGUCUUUAACUUUUUAAAAAAAAAUGUUGGUCUCUGGUGGCAUAGUUGAGCAGACGGUGGAGUUUUUUUUCCUUCCCUCCCUCUCCUUCCCUUCAUCCCCCCUUCCUUCUCUGCCUCCAAGAAAAUCCAAAUGGUCGCAUCGUGCACUUAUUAGCAGAUCACAUUUGUUUGGGGAAAAUAAAGCUGCUUCCAAUUGCUGUUUUAACUACAAAUGCACAAAUCGCUUGAGUGUGUCUUGCCCCACUCUACCCCCUUAAGCACCCAUACUGUAUUCAUACAACCCACCCCCUCCUGAGACACAAUCCUCUAUCAUAUGCACCCAAAAGCCAAGGCUGGGGGGGAGUGCCACCUUUUGCUCUUCGUGAGCUUCACACAGCAGCCGGGUUGGUCGUGAUCCUUGCUCCGUAAAAUGUCUAAGAUGAAGCCUGAAGGGUUGUGCAAGCCAAAGCUACGAGAGCCUCAUGGCUACCAAACUGAUGGCCAGCAAUGUGACCAACAAGAACGACCCGCGCUCUCUGAACUCCCGGGUCUUCAUCGGUAACCUUAACACAGCUGUGGUGAAGAAGACGGAUGUGGAGGCCCUCUUUGCCAAGUACGGCAAGAUUGUGGGCUGUUCAGUACACAAGGGCUAUGCCUUUGUCCAGUAUGCUAACGAGAGGACUGCUCGAACGGCUGUGGCAGCUGAAGACGGCAGGAUUAUCGCAGGGCAGCCACUGGACAUCAACCUGGCUGGGGAGCCCAAACCCAACAGACCCAAGAGUGGCCAGAAGAGAUCUGCUUCCGACAUGUAUGGGUCCACCUCUGACCUGGACUAUGACUACUACAGGACCGACUUCUAUGACAGUGCACCCCCAACUAGACAGUCGGAAGCAUACGAGAUCCCAUCGCUAACCCGGAUGUACCCCUAUCCCAGCAGGGUGCCUCCCCCAUUGCCCAGGCCUGUGACCAUUGCCAAGCGCCCACGGGUCACAGUCCCUGUUCCAAGGAGAGGCAAGGGGAGCUUCAACAGCAAAUCCGGUCAGAAGUCUGCAUCGUCGGGGAAACCAGGUACUGGCGUCAGAGGUUCUGUCAUCGUGUGCGUCCUCGACCCUCGACCAGUGCUGCUCCAGGGUCAGACACAAGGUGGGACUCCCUCUGCAUCAUCCCAUCACACACUCCCAGUGAAAGCCAACGACCUGGCCACCAUCAAAAAGGAACUGACGCUGAUCAAAAGCAAGGUGGACUCGUUGCUUGACAGCCUGGAGAAGAUAGAGAAGGAACAGUCAAGCCAGUCAGAAGUCAAGAGCGAGAAGAUGGAGGAGGGGAGCGGAGCCAAGGGCAGCAGCGAGUCAAAGAAGACGGAGAGUGAGGGCACUGGCGAGGAGGGCGAUCUGGAGGAUGAAGAGGAGGAGCAGCUGGAGGACGGCAAGGGCAGGAAGGAACGCGAGGAGGGCGAGGAGGAUGGCGGGGAUGAUGCCAACGGCCAGGACGACCACUAGGCCACUUGCUGUGACCAACGCCUGCGUAAAAUUGAAAAAAAAAGAAGACAACCCCCUUCCCUUUCUCUCCUUCCUCCCUCCCUCCCAACCUUCCGAAACCCUCGUUCUCCUUGUUGGGUUCUUGUUUUCUUUUCUAUAAAGCUUUCUGUUGCUGAGACGA